AUGGCAAAUCACGGCGAGAUCACCCACGACCGUACUGUUUCCGGUGCUAUCAUUCUCCGACACACAGACGACGACUCUAGCAUCAGUAACGACUUCGACUUGGACGACGAGCAGAGCGUCAUCAGCCACGCCGACAUUCUGCGCGCUGCAGCUGCAAACUCGACACAGCGCAAAGCCCGGACCAUCAUCGAUAAGAUCCACAACCCGGAUUUAGUGGCAAGCAAUGAUAUUGAAAGGGCAGAGGCAGCAUUGGUGGUUGCGCUGGAGCGACUCAAUGGCAGUCUGUUUGACCAGAUGGCCAACCAUCAAAAGGAAGUAGACAGCCUCAAGGAGCACAUUGCCACCCUUGAGCAUGAACGAGACAUCGCUCUCAUUGGGAAUAUGGACCCGCUUCAUGACUACAAAUCCCUAUACAACCCUGCACGUCGCGCCAAUAUCGAGCGCACUGCCGAGGAAAUUAUCAAGGGCGAGCUGACAAUUGCUAGAGAUGAGCUCAAUGCCACUCUCAAGAGGAUUGAGAUUUUGAAUAUCGAAGAAAAGACGGCGACCGAGAGAUGCGAAACGGCCAAGAAUCAGGUCAACAGCCAGAUGCAGGUGCGCGACAGUGUCUACAUCAACUCUGUCAACGCCAGCCAGAUACCAGAUCAGCAUCAAUAUGUUCAUGGUUUCGCAGCCGUUCCUGCGCAGCAAGCGCUCACCCACGAGGUCCCAGGUAUCUCCCAAGCUCAUCAUUCGCUGCCCAUUCGUACGGCUCGGCGUCCUCGGUAUGCUCUCCUCUACAUCUUCAGUGAGCGCAAUUUACUACAGAUGCCUCUCUACCGCAACAAGUGUCGACUGGGCAAGAGUUGCAACCUCCCGUACUGUGCCUUUGUGCACCCUUGUCAGAAGCAACUUUACAAGGACUUCAUCGAAACACUCGACGCAUGGCAGGGUGGUGCCGGUGGUGCCGGUGGUAACAACUUCUGA